UGUAACAGCUGAGUGCGGAAGCCCAGCCCUGAGCUGAAUCGGAAAGCAGCAGAACAGUAUGCCAAAUUACAGACGGCAGCUGCUACCGUCUUGAAGAUACUAUGAAGUCUCUCGUCUGGAGGAUCUCUUGUAGACUCGAGGAGGCAGCUGCCCUGGCAUUGUCAGGGAUUCCAUGGUAUCACAGAGCACUGCCCCAAGCUUGCCAGACUGCACUGAAUAUUAAGGAUCUUUGAAGUCGGAGGAGAGGCAGUUGUAUUAAAAAAAAGAAAGGGAUGAACUGAAGAUUAAACAUGUAUGGGAAUUAUCCUCACUUCAUUAAGUUUCCUGCUGGCUUUGGCAAUUCCCCUGUUCACACCAGUUCUACAUCGGUGAGCUCAUCAUCAAGCUUUUCCCCAGGGAAUUCAGUGGAUGGCCAUCCCAGCUACAUGGAGGCUCCAGCGAGUGCUUCGAGGACUCUUGCGUCUCCAAUGAACACAAUAGGGUCACCUGCAAAUGCGCUAGGCUCGCCAUACAGAGUCAUUGCUUCGUCCAUUGGAUCUCAUUCUGUUUCCCUGUCUUCAGCUCCUGGCAUGAAUUUUGUGGCGCACACCAGCCCUCAGCUCAAUGUCAUGAACAAUGUCAGCAGCUCUGAAGACGUUAAGCCCCUGUCAGGCCUCCCAGGGAUUGGAAACGUGAAUUAUCCCUCCACUAGCCCAGGGUCCCUGGCCAAACACAUCUGUGCAAUCUGCGGGGACAGAUCAUCAGGGAAGCACUACGGGGUGUACAGCUGUGAAGGCUGUAAAGGGUUCUUCAAGAGGACAAUAAGAAAGGACCUUAUCUACACAUGCCGCGAUAACAAAGACUGUCUAAUAGACAAGCGUCAGCGCAACCGCUGCCAGUACUGCCGCUAUCAGAAGUGCCUGGCUAUGGGUAUGAAGAGAGAAGCUGUGCAAGAGGAGAGACAGAGAAGCCGAGAGCGCAGCGAGAAUGAAGCCGAGUCCACGAGCAAUGGCAAUGAGGAUAUGCCUGUGGAGAGGAUUUUAGAAGCUGAACUGGCUGUUGAACCAAAGACGGAAUUGUACAGCGACGUGAAUGCUGAGAACUCGACAAAUGACCCUGUCACCAAUAUAUGCCAUGCAGCGGACAAGCAGCUCUUCACCUUAGUUGAAUGGGCCAAGCGAAUCCCCCACUUCUCAGAGCUGACACUGGAAGACCAAGUGAUUCUUCUGCGGGCAGGUUGGAAUGAGCUGCUCAUUGCCUCGUUCUCCCAUCGCUCGGUGACCGUGCAAGAUGGCAUCCUGCUCGCCACAGGCUUACACGUGCACCGCAGCAGCGCACACAGUGCCGGUGUGGGCUCCAUUUUCGACAGAGUUCUGACAGAAUUAGUGUCUAAAAUGAAAGACAUGCAGAUGGAUAAGUCUGAGCUGGGAUGCCUGCGAGCCAUUGUCCUGUUUAACCCAGAUGCCAAGGGCUUGUCCAGUCCCUUCGAGGUGGAGUCCCUACGAGAAAAGGUCUAUGCCACGCUCGAAGCAUAUACAAAGCAGAAGUACCCUGAACAACCUGGAAGAUUUGCCAAACUCCUCCUCCGGCUGCCGGCGCUGAGAUCCAUCGGGCUGAAAUGCCUCGAGCACCUCUUCUUCUUCAAGCUGAUCGGGGACACGCCCAUCGACACCUUUCUCAUGGAGAUGCUCGAGACCCCACUCCAGAUCACCUGACCCUGUUGCUGGGAGGGAGAUGGUAGAGGACAGUUUAGGAUAUCGUGGACCCACAUCAGCUCCUGCCCAGUCUUCCUGCCCCUGCCCUGUACUGCGACAGCUUGUAAUCAAGAGAGAGGCUUUAUAAACCCUCAGAUCUUUUUAGGUGGGAAUAUUUGUACAGAGACGAAUUGACUCAUCAGACCCUCUCCUUGCCAGCUGUGGAAUCGCUGCAGUUUAUCAGAGCGCUAACAAGACCCUUCCCCCCUGUACAUGUAAUCGGUUUAAAUUAUUUUUUCACUUGCAAUAAAAGCAAAAAAAUAAAUUAAAAUAAUAUAUACGAGAUC